GCAUGCGCAGUCUGCCCCCUGUACCUUAUUAAUUUUUAAUGGCAAUGGCUGCGUUUCUCAUCUAAACCUCUCCUGCGAAACAACGAACCUAUAAAUACGACAUUUAUUUGCACCUCUGACAAAAGGCGUUAUCGAUUUAGUAAUAGUAAUCGAUCGAUUGUGAUCUACGAAAAAUGGAUCGGCUGUAGAAUUUGAAGAUAGAAGAUCUGUCAUUUUUAACCCUUUGCCUUCCAUGAUCCACAAACAAUCGAGCAGAAGAUGAUGCGUCAGGUGACCAACAACAAUGACUAUUGCAUGAGUGGCAGGCCGUCAUGCCUGGCAGAGGAUGGCCGACACCCCACCAGUCACUUUGACCUAUGCACUGCCCAGUCCAACAAGUUCUACCAAGCUCCCCCGCCCCCUCCCUUGCAAAUGACCUUGCCCCCUCUGCCCCUGCCACCCCAGAACACCCUGAAACCCAUGCCCUGUCAGAGGCAGAAUGGCCUCAGUGAACCCCAAGCUGUUGGAAUCACGAACAAUGAAAAGCCGGAAGACUCCAAGAAAAAGAAAAACCCGGGGAGGUCUGGAAGGAGAGGAAGACCUUCGGGGACCACUAAAUCAGCAGGUUACAGGACCAGCACAGGGAGGCCUCUAGGAACCACCAAGGCAGCCGGGUUCAAGACCAGCCCAGGGAGACCCCUGGGAACGACCAAGGCAGCGGGAUAUAAGGUCAGCCCUGGUAGGCCCCCUGGCAGUAUCAAGACCCUGUCUCGCCUCAACAAACUAGGCUAUGGUACGUGUAGCGCCGCAGCAUUCCCCUACACUAUGAUGAACAAAGGAAGCCUCUGCGAACCCUCGUGCAAGGAAAAGGAGACCAACGAGUAAAGUCCUACUUUUCUCAUGGCUUGUUGGAGAAACAAAAGGCCGCAUGUCCUAAGUGCUGUCAAAUAGAGGGGUUGUUAGUACCGUUUCCCUGGUUGAGUGUACAGAUGUACUAUUACUGGCAUGUGCCUCAGUGUGCAUGUUUCUAUCCAAACCGGAUUCCUUUGUAAUAUAGAGUAUAGCUUAUACACUACACUGAGUGGACAAAACAUCAGGAACACCUUCCUAACAUUGAGUUGCCCCCCCCCCCCCUUUUAGCCCUCAGAACAGCCUCAAUUCAUCGGGGGCAUGGACUCUACAAGGUGUGGAAAGCAUUCCACAGGGAUGCUGGCCCAUGUUGACUUCAAUGCUUCCCACAGUUGUGUCCAGUUGUCUGGAUGCCCUUUAGGUGGUGGACCAUUCUUGAUACACACGGGAAACUGUUGAGCGUGAAAAACUCAGCAGCGUUGCAGUUCUUGAUACAAACCGGUGUGCCUGGCACCUACUACCAUACCCCGUUCAAAGGCACUUUGUCUUGGCCCAGUCACCCUCUGAAUGACACAUACACAUUCCAUGUCUCAAUUGUCUCAAGACUUUAAAAUCCUUCUUUAACCUGUCUCCUCCCAUUCAUCUACACUGAUUUUAAGUGAAUUUAACAAGUGACACCAAUAAGGAAUCAUAGCUUUCACCUGGAUUCACCUGGUCAGUCUAGGUAAUGGAAAGAGCAGGUGUUUUUAAUGUUUUGUUGUUAUUCUCAGUGUAUGUGAUAUAGGUAUAGCUUAUACAUCAUGUGAUGUAGAACAGCGGGUGUACAGGUACACUAGAGUAGUUAUUGUUUGACAUGAGAAAGUGAACAUAUUAUUUUCCACUGAAUUUCCUCCACAGAACUGUAAUUCACCUAAGAACAUGAUUCCUGUUAAUCCAAUCUCUAUUGUUUGCAGUGUCUUUUCUCAAUUAACUAAUACAGUAUGAAUUUUAUGCUGAUGUUAACAGUAAAAAACAAAACAAAACAGAAAACAGAACUAUCCCUUAAUUAGGAUGUUAUGAGUACACAAAUUAAUCUAUAUUUGAAUUUGAAUUUGAACAUGGGGUAUAACAUUGUUGAUACAAAUCACAGCAGAUGGUCAGUCUUUGUUGUUACUGUCAGAAUGCCGUAUUGAGGCUGUCCUACUACAAAGUCUCUGUAGAAUGUUUUAUACUGUGAACUGGCUAUUGUUUUAAAAUCAACAGAUCCUGAAGGUGCUAUGUAUCUCAGAAUGUAUUGACAUGGUUUCUAUUACGGCUGCACAGCAAACUAUUGUUUCAUAUGAACCACUCUAUUAAUAGGUCAACACGUGACUAACAUGGCCUGGGGGUGCGUUCAGCAGGACGUUGUUCAACGUUCAGAUAGAAAAACAGCAUGUAGAACAAACACGCCUCUCUGACAUGUAGAACAAGGCAUUGUGUCAGCUCUAUUUUUAUCUGCUAGGUUCCAGAACAUUUUAUUUCUAUCUGCUAGGUUCCAGAACGUUUUAUUUCUAUCUGCUAGGUUCCAGAACGUUUUAUUUCUAUCUGCUAGGUUCCAGAACGUUUUAUUUCUAUCUGCUAGGUUCCAGAACGUUUUGACUACUGAAUGUGACCUGUUGCUGGUGUCACAGUGGUGUCUGUAUGUGUUGGUCUAGUACUACACCAAAUAUGCCAGCACAAUUCUUCACAGGAGGAGAUCCUCCAGUCCGUUUCGUUGGGUUCCCCUUCGUACUAAAACACAACAUUUUACACCAUUUGAAUUAUUAUUUGCCUUGUAAUUUCAAUAUCAGACAAUCAGCAACUAGUGUCUCUAUAGGUGCGGAGUGUUGUUUACCUGUUACGUUUUGAUUUACUUUUGGAAUUAUUGAUCAUUUUUGAUAGCUAUGAAUAAUACACAUCAAUAUAGUACAUACAGUUAAAAUAAUAGGCAUACUUGCUUCAUAGUUUUUUUUUGUGCUGUGAUUUCUGAGGGGAACACAUGGGAUGUUAUGGAGAGUCAAGGUAUAUUUGAGUAGGGGAUAUUUUUUUGGGGGGGGGGGGGGGCUUCUUAUGGGAGUGGCUGGGUUAUUGUGUUUUGUAAAUACCUGAACCACUUCCUCUAACUUGGCCGUUUUCCCCUGUUUUACCUCGGAGCAAGGAUAGUGUCAGUGCAAUGUUUUGUGUUAUGAUUUAUUCUCUAUCACCAUCUUGAAGAAGAAGAAUAAUAACAACAACUUGUAUAGUGCUUUUCAAUACAAGUAACAAAUUGCUUUACAUCAUAAAAUAAUACUAUUCUUUCAAAUAUGAUCAUGUUUAUUAUUGAAUUGUGUACAGCACUUGAGGCCUUCUCAUUGAAGACCCACACAAUCAUUGAUGCUUUGUCCAUUGGAGAGAUUAGUUGCAUUUGGAUGUAAAAUAAAUUAUUCAUUUUUUUAAUUGAAUAAUGAUGACAUAGGGUGCUACUAUGUUCAAAUCAAUCUACAGUAUUGUAUCAUCUUAACCAAAGAAUCAGAUGUUUUCUGCCUUUCAGUUUGAGAUGUUUAAGUAAAUGCAUGCUAGCGUAGCCCAUAACAACUAAUCAGAUCUUUUGAACAAAUAUAAAAAUGAAUCCUCUUAACAAAUCACAUUCUGUAACUUGUAUUUGGGAGAGAAAAAACAAACACGUAUUUAAAUCUGCUAUAUCUGCCACAGAUAUAAUCUAUACAAUCGAUACUCAAUUUCUGUUUGACGGUUGUAUACAGUAGGUACACCUGCGCAUCAAAGUACAUGCAUUAUAGUAUCUGAACACAGAAACAAUAGUUGCGUAUCUAGUCAAAAAGCAAAGAGCUUUUCGUUUUGCAUUGCAAUACAUUAAAAAACCUUUUUAGGUAGUGCUUAUGUAGCAAUGUUUUACAUUACAUUCACAGUUUAUUGCCAUACAGUAUUCACCAUAUUAUAAUGUUCUACUGUGUUAUGACAUGUAUUGUAACAUACCAUUCCCUUUACUGCGAUGGGUUAGGUAUUGACAUUAUAAAAACUAAUGUUUGGUAAGAAAUAAAAAUAUAUUAGUUUAAGUUCACAAUGUUAUUUUAUGUUAUAACGGGGAGGGGGGGGGGUUGUACAUUCUGCUUUGGUGUUUUGUGAAUAUUCUUGUUAUUCAUAUAUUCAUACAUAGGUUACACCCAUGUCAACAUAAGUGCAGGUUACAUAAGAGUAUACUUGAUUUCUAUACCAGAGUCCUCUAUUUGAAAAUACUUGCUUCGUCACUCUGCUUGAAAUAUGUUUGUGAAACACAAAGUUUUAUCCACGUGGCUAUUCAUUUUAUUGCAUUCUGUCUGCAUCAAAUGUAAUAAUGCAUUUAUAACAUUGAGUUAGUUGCACUUCAAGUUAUAGGACAUUUUGAACAUUUAUCUUGUCAACCUUAAUCUUGUAUAUUUAUCUGAACCUUUUAUCUUGUAUCAUUAGAGGCAAUCAUUUACUUGUAAUUACUUAGGCCUAUCACUGCAUCCAAUCAGUCCAAAAUAUGAAACUGACAUUUUUUUUUAGGUGAAAAAAAACAACAUGAAUGGCUGGGAAGAUUUGUUUUUACCCAUUUGGAAAUUGAUGAUCAUUAUUAAUCAUUUCUAUGUCAAACUAUUUUCAUGGGGUUAUCUUUUACUGUAUUCUUUCCCCCGCCACAGUUUCUGCUAGAAACCCGUGGAUCUGUCGCAAUAUCUUCUAGCAACUUAUUGCAACGACAAACUUCCUUCUCAGAACGUUUUACUUCCUUCUCAGAACAAUUUACUUCCUUCUCAGAACGUUUUACUUCCUUCUCAGAACAAUUUACUUCCUUCUCAGAACGUUUUAUUUCCUUCUCAGAAUGUUUUAUUUCCUUCUCAGAACAUUCAAGUAUUUAUUUCAAUGGAAUUGUAAGGCCCAUGCUACGAACACAUUGUAAUCACUAUGAUAGGAAUUUGUAUUAAUUGUUUUACUAUCCCUGCAUGAUUGUUGAGUGUUGAAAGUUGUGUAAUAAACAAAUUAUAAAUAUA